AUGCCGCUCACGGCCACUUCCCACUUUUCCUUGCCUCAGCGGCAGUGGGCAAUAAACCCCGCACGGCGGGCGAUCUCGGGAUGGGCAGCCCGCCGCGACCUUCGUCGUCAAGCCGGCGCCCAGCAGGCCUCCACCGGCCCAUCGAACCAACAGAUGCUCGUGUAUGUGCCGCCACAUCCAUUGGUCAAGCACUGGCUGGCCGUCGUUCGAAAUGUCGCCACGCCCUCUGCUCUGUUUAGGGGAGCUCUGGGGGAGCUUGGGAGGAUACUCACCUACGAGGCAUUGAGGGAUGUCCUGCCCACCAUCGACGGAGUGGUGGAUACGCCAAUGGGGGAGGCGGAGGUUACAUUUAUCGAUCCCAAUAGACCUGUGAAGGUAAUUCCGGUGCUAAGAGCUGGUUUAGCACUACAAGAGCAGGCCACAUCAAUGAUACCUACUUCUGCAACAUAUCAUGUUGGGUGCGUGCGAGAUGACACAACAUUUGAGCCGUCUACCUACCUGAACAAACUCCCGGCAGAGCUAUCACCUGAUGAGUUGAUCGUGGUCCUGGACCCUAUGCUUGCGACAGGGGGCACCAUGAUGUCAGUGCUUGAGAACAUCACCAGCAGAGGAGCACAGGCAAAGAACAUCCGUGUCAUCUCUGUGGUAGCAGCACCACCAGCUUUGAAGAAAAUAUCUGAGAAAUUCCCAGGUCUGAAGAUAUACACAGCCAUCAUCGACCCAGAAGUGAACGAGCAAGGGUACAUCAUUCCGGGCCUUGGUGAUGCUGGUGAUCGGUGCUUUGGAACACAAUGA